AGAUUACCCCCUUUUCUUCCCAAUCCCACUUUCUUCCAUCCUUUCUAUUUGCUUACCCCACACCACCCUAUCCUUACCCCCCUCCUUAUCCCUAUCCCUACCCCCUCCGUAAUCACUAUCCAUACCCCCCUACAACUUUAUUUCUUUUAUUUUUUUUUCUAAAUAAACCUUACCUUCACAAGGAUUUGAACCACUGACCUUUAGAUUGAAACUCAAAUGCAUUACCAACGGCGCUAUCGAGGAUUUCGUUGGUGAAAUUGUUUGCACAUCAUUUUUAUGUUGGCCAUGUAUAUUAUAAUUUAUGCGCAAAUGACAUUAAAAUUCACGCAUGCGCAUCGUAGAUGAUACGGUACUUAGCAAUAUGGCCGACUGUGUAGACAGCCAGGAAUUCUUGAAGCAAAUAGAUACUAUAAAAGAGCAAGCAAAGACUCAGAAAUCUGGCAUCAAUGUUUUCAUCACUGACGAGUUCUAUUCUAAAGCUCAAGACUAUCUUAAAGAAAAAGCAAAAGGCAACGAACGUAGAAUAAGCAAUCAAAUGACGAAGACCGAAAUCGAAGCUAUAAAAAGAAAGAAAUGGACUCUAAAUGCCAAAAACGAAGUAGUUUCAAGUGGAGGAAAGCCAGUUCUAUGUCGUAGCCAACUACAUCAACAUCUGUCAUUUGCACACCAAAGAGUGGCUCACAGAGGACGACAAAAAACUGAAAAAUGGAUCCAAGAUAACUUUGCAGAAGUCACACAGAAAGUGAUCAAUGUUUUCGUACAGUUGUGCAAAUAUCACGCCGAACAAAAACCCAUAACAAGGCGUGUUAAAGAGGUUACUAAACCAUUUCAAGCGCCAACAUUUCUCUCUUUUAUCGAGUUAGAUCUAAUGGAUUUCCGUAACACGCAGUGCAAAUGCAGUAAGCGCCAUCAAUGGGUGCUAAACAUUAUCGAUCACCAUUCAAAGUACGUAACUUGUUGGCCAUUGAAGGGAAAGAAUGCAGUUGAAGUCUUACAAGGUCUUAAAAACUACUGCUACUCAUUUGGUUUUCCAAAGAAAAUAGUUUGUGACAACGGUACUGAGUUUUCGAAUGCCAUGCUUAAUUCCUUCUGUGAAGAAAACAACAUAAAAAUUUGCCAUGGAUCUCCAAGGACACCAACUACUCAAGGCCUUGUAGAGAGAAGCAACCGCACAUGGAAGGAGGACAUGCGAGCAAUACUAAUCUCAAAGCAAAAAAGUGUUGGUGAAUGGUGCAAAGCAACAAUGGAAGCCUCAUAUACUAUGAACAUAACGUAUCAUAGAGCUAUUAAAUGUUCACCGUACGAAGCUGUCUUUGGGUUUAAAGCCCACCGUGAGGUCAACAGAAUUGAACAAGAUGGACAAGAGGUUCAAGAAGAACAACUAGAAGACAACCCAACAGUACCACUUGAACAAGAAGAACAACUAGAAGACAACCCAACAGUACCACUUGAACAGGAAGAGCAACUAGAAGACAACCCAACAGUACCACUUGAACAAGAAGAACAACUAGAAGACAACCCAACAGUACCACUUGAACAGGAAGAACAACUAGAAGACAACCCAACAGUACCACUUGAAGAACAUAUUGACAAUGAGGGAAGGAAAUGUAAGCGUCAAAAAAUCUGUGAAUCACAGAAAACAUAUAAUGAAAAAAUGAAAAAACAAACACAGAAAGCAAAGAAAUUCAAAUUUAAUGUAUAUGACAUUGUUGCUAUUCAAAUACAUAAGUCUGACAAAGUCAGUAAAUUACAUCCUAAUUUGCUCAUUGGCAAAAUUACAGAGAUUGAUUCUACAAGUAAUUAUGUAAAAGUGGUAACACAGUUUGGUAUCAUUAAAGGGCUUAUUGCCCCAACCAGACUAAAUCCUUGUACUGCAACAAAUGUUGCAUUUGAUUAUGAUCACGAGGUAUCGUUCACAUAUGCAUGUAAACAAUGUCAAUCAUAACUGUCAAUAAACUGCCUUCUGGUUAAAACACUCAUCACUUUUUUUAACCAACUACCUAACAAUAUACUGUAGUUAGAAUGUAACCUAACCAUAUAUACCCAACUUUGUCCCAAAACCUAACCCCAAGGUACUAUGAAUAUAAAGCCGUACCCAACCUUGUCCCUAAACCUAACCCCAAGGUACUAUGAAUAUAAAGCCGUACCCAACCUUGUCCCUAAAUCUAACCCCAAGGUACUAUGAAUAUAAAGCCGUACCCAACCUUGUCCCUAAACCUAACCCUAAGGUACUAUGAAUUGUUAAAACUGGUAUGAAAUUUUUCAAACCAGUUUGAAAAAUUCAAACCAGUUUUAACAAUUUCAAACCAAGAAGCAUUUCAAAUCACAACAUAUAUGAGGAAUUCAAUAAUAAAUUAUAAAUGGCACAAACCUUGCUUAUGAUAUAUUUGUUCUUUUGUUGCAGUCGUGAUUCCAUACGUAAUAUUGUGAUGGAAUACAUUCGUGAGCAGACAAACAAAA